AUGAGUCGUCUGGCCGGCUGGUUCCGCUCAGGCGGAAAGGUCCAAAAUGGCUCCGACACAAGUCUGUCGCCCAUCGACAGCAUCGCCAAGGAAAAGGAGAAUCUGGUGGAGGCCAUGAAAUGGGUCGAGCUAAUCAUGAACGACGACAUCGACGGCGCCUGGGAAAAGCUGCAGCUGGGCGAUUCUUCAUUCCACGAAAUGGGAUCCGCCGUGGCCUUCUUCAUGCGCUCCGUCCUGGGCUUUGAGAAGCAGGUCAUGACCGAGGCGACUGCGAGACUCAAUGAGUGCGAGAAUCGGGCCUGGGCCGAUCUUAAACGGGCGCAGAAGCACGGGGCUGCUUACAAUAGCAGUCAGCUCUAUCCGCCUGGCACCGAGUACGAACUGAUUAUUGCUGAGACGCAGCUGAUGGGAGCCGUUGUCGGCGUGCUGCACGAGAGCUUGGUGGAGGCCAUGAAGAGCUUUUAUAAGCUGCGAAAGGCGUUUCUGACGCUGGAUGCCAUCGUGGCGUCUGAGGAAAAGAUCUUUGGCAAGGUGACCCCGGGCUCCUCGCGGAUGUCACUGGUAGGGAGCACCUCGACUAGCGAUGCAUCCUGGCCGGAAUCGAAUGCGAGCACAUCCAAUGGCAGUGACCCGGAAGCUUCCGCCGAAGGCAGCGAGAGCCUGUCUGGGCAGCAGACCCCCAGCGAUCAGGCCGAUACAUCGCCCACAUCGCUUACAUCGCCCACAUCAACAGCCCAGCAACUGGAAAAGCUGAACCUCGGCAACCUGGAGGAUACGUCCAAGUUGAGUCUGCAGUCUAAAGACUCUGAUCUGAGCGGCUCAGAUCUGGAGCUGGGCAACCCUGUCGACAAGUUCAUCCACUCUGGAGCUAACAUGUGUUUUGGAGUUCUCUUGCUCAUCCUCAGUCUCAUUCCUCCUGCUUUCUCACGCAUUCUCUCCGUUGUCGGUUUCCACGGAGAUCGUUCUCGAGCCGUCAAAAUGCUGUGGAAGUCAGCGGUACAUUCCAACAUCAACGGCGCCGUUGCUGGUAUGAUGUUGCUAGUAUACUACAAUGGCCUGCUGGGGGCUGCGGAUAUUCUCCCCCAUCAGAAGGAUUAUGACGAAGAUGCCGAGGCCGUUGGACCACCCAUCGAAAAGUGCGAACAGCUCCUGGCCAAUAUGAGAGCGCGAUAUCCCGAUUCACGAUUAUGGCGAGUGGAAGAGUCGAGAAUGCUUGCCAACGAGCGCAAGAUUACCGAAGCGUUGGAUCUGCUCAAGACGGGCAAGGAGUCGAAAAUGAAGCAGGUGGCUGCCCUAAACAACUUUGAGCUGUCACUGAACGGUAUGUUUUCUUACGACUGGGAGCUGAUGCGCAGCUCAUUCCUGAAAUGCCUCGAGGUGAACGACUGGAGUCCAUCAUUGUACUACUACAUGGCUGGUAGUGCAUCUUUGGAGCUGUACCGAAAUGCUUUCCACUCUGGCGACAAAGAUGAGGCGAGGCGGCAAAAGAACAAGGCUGAGGAGUUCUUCCGCAAGGCCCCAACCGUGAUUGGCAAGAAGCGCUUGAUGGCCCGUCAACUGCCCCUGGAAACGUUUUUGCAGCGCAAGAUUCAGAAGUGGGAGGACCGGGCCAAGGCUCUGAGUGUUGACCUGGCGGAUGCUAUCGGCUCCAGUCCUGCUCUCGAGAUGUGCUAUGUGUGGAACGGACAGAAGCGUAUGGGCACGGAACAAUUGGAGGGGGGACUUGACUUCUUGAAGUGGGAGAGAUGCACGGCGAGCAAGGAAGUUGUCGCCAAGAUUCAGGCUGAAAAGGACGAGAUGGCUGUUUGGGCUGUAUGCAGGGCAUCGCUGCUGAGAGGUGCGGGCAAGCUGGAUGAGGCGAGGGCGUUGUUGCAGGAGAAGGUUGUUGCCCACGAUCGAUCUGUCUACAAAGGAGUGUCUAAGGAUGACUAUGUCCUGCCAGCAGCAAUUUACGAAUUGGGCGCCAUUGCGUGGGCUGAAUGCUGCAACCCUCCCGAGGGCGAGGACAAGGAAAUACUCGAGUACAGACGAAAGAAGAUGACUGAGUGCGAUGAGCAAAUCAACAAGGUCAAGGUAUGGGAGGCGUAUGUUUUGGAUACCAGGAUUGGCAUGAGGGCGCAGAGCGGCCUGGAGACGCUGGCUUGGUUCAAGAAGAAGAAUGGUUGGUGA